GCCCGCUUCCAAGAUGGCGGCGGGAGCCUGGAAGGUGAAGCAGGACAUGCCGCCGCCGGGCGGUUAUGGAUCCAUCGACUAUAAGAGGCGGUUGCCCUAUCGGGGGCUCCCGGGUUAUGGCCUGCUUGCCAUUGGAAUUGGAGCCUUUGUUUUCGGGAGUUACACUAUUUACAGGUGGAACUGGGAGAGGAGGCUGCUGGCCUUUGAGGAUGCGGAAGCCAGGAUAGCACUCAUGCCUCUCUUGAUGGCUGAGGAUGACCGCAAGUUGGGCAGAGUGUCUACCAUACCACACGCUGGGUGUCCCCCAGAUCCGAUGAGCUGUACUUCCUCCAGCCACCAGAAGUUCAGCGAGAUAUCUUCUUCGGUUAUACCUGGAGCACAUAAGCAGACAAGGGUUGUGGAAGGAACCAUCUCUCUUGCUUUCCCAGGACAGAACUUAUGUUUCUUAAUAAACGAAUGCUCUCGGGAGCAUCGAUCCAUUGC